AAGGAGGCAGGGAGUAUCAAUGACAUCAACCAGCAGUAUCUGAGGCCGCCCGACCAGCAAUGCUCUCCCGACAAAGGGGCUGAGGAGCAGCCGUGACCCGCUGCGUUCCCGAGAGCUCGGUCGGUCGACAGCCGGACAGGGCGGUGCGGUGCGGUGCGGUGCGGUGCGGUGCGGUUGCUGUUUGGGGGGGGGUGGAAGAAGAGAAGAAACGCCGGCGAUGCGUGCAUGCGUCCCGCUCCACAAAGGCAGACCUUUCUCUGAGUGGAGCUCUGCUGCCACUGGAUUACAUUCAUCCCCGCUGUUUCCGAGGAAGCUUCCAGCUGCAAAUCCACCCACAUGAACCGAGCGGACAGCGGAGAAGACGGAGCACUUCCUACCAAGAGUGCCUACCCCUGUUGAGUGAAGCCCGACUCGAAUCGCCAUCGUCUCCAACCAACCCACGGUGGUGCCAUGCCUCGGCCCAGGACGGUUGGAGUCCUAGCCCGGUCCAGGAGGCCUAUCCUGGGGCUCCGCCUUAGCUCCUCUCCCCUGUGUCUGCUGCUGCCGCUCAUUAUCCUGCUAACCAGCCCUCUGAGCAGCGUGUGUGGAGGGCCAGCUCCCCCAAAGUUCACCAAGAUUCCCACAGACCAGAUCGGAGUGUCGGGGGGCGUGGCAUCGUUUGUUUGCCAGGCCAAUGGCAGUCCCAAGCCUGUCGUCUACUGGAACAAGAAGGGCAAGAAGGUCAACUCCCAGCGUAUCGAGACCGUAGAGUUUGAUGAAGGUGCAGGUGCUGUGCUGAGGAUCCAGCCGCUCAGAGCACCCCGAGACGAGAACAUCUACGAGUGCGUGGCACGCAACAGUGAAGGAGAGGUGUCUGUCACUGCAAAGCUGGCCAUUAUCAGAGAGGACCUGCUGCCAUUUGGCUUCCCCAGUAUAGACAUGGGCCCCCAGCUGAAGGUGGUGGAGCGGACAAGGACGGCCACAAUGCUGUGUGCGGCCAGCGGCAUCCCCGACCCGGAGAUCUCCUGGUUCAAAGACUUCCUGCCCGUUGAACCCAGCUCCAGCCAGGGCCGCAUCAAACAGCUCCGAUCAGGAGCGCUGCAGAUCGAGAACAGCGAGGAAACAGACCAAGGGAAGUACGAGUGUGUGGCCACCAACUCUCAAGGCGUGCGCUACUCCUCCCCCGCCAACCUAUACGUGCGAGAGCUGCGAGAAGGAGCGACAGACACAUUGCGCCGCGUGCCCCCUCGUUUCUCCAUCCUCCCCUCCAACCACGAGAUCAUGCCGGGAGGGAGCGUCAACAUCACCUGCGUGGCCGUGGGUUCGCCCAUGCCCUACGUCAAGUGGAUGCUGGGCACCGAGGACCUCACGCCCGAGGACGAGAUGCCGAUCGGACGGAACGUUCUUGAGCUCAACGGUGUCCGGGAGUCUGCAAACUACACCUGUGUGGCCAUGAGCAGCCUGGGCAUCAUCGAGGCCACCGCUCAGGUCUUAGUGAAGACUUUGCCAAAGCCUCCGGGCACACCCAUCGUCACGGAGACCACCGCCACCAGUGUGACCAUCACCUGGGACUCCGGCAACCCAGACCCCGUCUCCUACUACAUCAUCCAAUACCGAGCCAAAGGGCCGGACAGCAAGUUUGAGACGGUGGACAGUAUCACCACCACCCGCUACAGCAUCGGCGGCCUGUACCCCAACACGGAGUACGAAAUCAGAGUGUCGGCCUUCAAUAGCAUCGGCCAGGGGCCGUCUUCUACUCGGGUGGAGGCCCGCACAGGAGAACAGGCACCGGCUAGCCCUCCACGAAACGUCCAGGCCCACAUUAUUUCACAGAACACAGUGAUGGUCCGCUGGGAGGAGCCGGAGGAGCCCAAUGGACAGGUGAAAGGCUACCGUGUGUACUACACCAUGGAUCCGUCCCGGCCCAUGAAUGAGUGGCAGAUCCACAACGUCCAGGACAGCGUGAUCACCACCAUCCAGAACCUGGUGACCUCAGAGACCUACACCAUCCAGGUCCUGGCCUUCACCUCUGUGGGGGACGGACCCUUCUCAGACCCGGUCCACGUGAAAGUCAUGCCUGGAGUCCCCGGUCAGCCAGGCAAAUUUAAGGUGGGCAGAGUGACAGACACCAGCAUCGAACUGACCUGGGAACCUGCUUACACCAAGGAGGGCAUCGUCAACUAUGAGCUGCUCUACAAACCUGCCAAGUUUGGCAGCUUGGAGAAGCUGACCUUCGGGCCGAGAAAUUCUUACACAGUUGAGGGUCUGAAAGCCAACACUGAGUACUCCUUCUCCCUCGCCGCCAUCUCAUCCAAAGGCAUCGGAGCGUUUACCAACGAACUGGUGCAGAGGACGUCACAAGCCAAGCCCUCCGCUCCACCCGAGGGUGUGUCCUGCGAGAGUGCCAGCUCCACCUCCCUGAGAGUAAGUUGGAGGCCUCCUCCAGAGGAGGGCCAGAAUGGCGAGUUGGCAGGUUAUGAGCUGAGAUACCAGAGAGUUGUUGGGGAAGGAGGCGGAGGUCAGGGCCAGGAGGUGCAGGGGCGGCCUAUCCCGGCCCAGCAGGGGCAGACAGUGUUAGAGGGGCUGGAGAAAUGGAGCUGGUACAACGUCAGCAUGGCAGCCUACACUGCAGAGGGGACUGGACCCGAGAGCCUGCCCGCGCUGUGCAGAACUGAUGAGGACGUUCCCGGUGCGGCCCCCCGUCAGGUGGACGUCCAGCCGCUGAACUCCUCUGCACUUCGAGUUACAUGGCGGUCGGUGUUGCCACGGUUACGGCAAGGCCAGAUCCGUGGAUACCAGGUGCACUUCAACCGCGCUGAGAGCGGUGAAUCACGAAACCUUCCCCGGAUCAAAGACGUCCUAUUGGACGAGUCCCAGAUGGAGGAGGAUGACUCGACUCAAUAUGAGAUGAUCCUGGCGGGUCUGAAACCAGAGACCUUGUACUCCAUCUCAGUGGCGGCAUACACCACCAAAGGGGAUGGAGCGCACAGCAAAGCCAAGCUGGUGCAGACCCUGGGGGUCGUGCCCGGCCCCCCCUCUCUCUGGGUGCGUCCAGGAUCGGGUCCGUCAGUGGUGGUGCGGUGGGCUCCUCCGCUGGAGUGCUCUGAGUCAGGCUCCGACAGCCUGGGGGCCCCGCUGCAAAUCCUGGGCUACCGCCUACAGUUUGGCCCGAAGAACACAUCUUUAGACACCACGGUGGACUUCACCAAUCGGGAGACAAACUUCACUGUCAGAAACCUCUCCCCAGGCGCCUCCUACGUCUUUGUCCUCUCCGCGAAGAGCCGAGCCGGCUACGGAGAUUUAGUGCAGCAAGAAAUAACAGUUCCCAUGUUCCCACCCUCGGGAUACCCCAAAAUAUCUGACUUUAUUAAUGCCACCUGCUGCUCCCUCCAGUUCUCCUGGCUGCCCCCUGCUCCAGAGGAGUGCAACGGUGUCAUCACAGAGUACACCGUAGCUUACAAAGAGGCUACAAGCCCCAAACCCUCUGCUGACCCUGUCAGCCCUUCAUCCUUACCAGCCCCCCCUUCUCUCCCAUGGCUGAUCACGGUGCCGGCGCGUGAAUCCAGCUACACCAUCCUCGGCCUCAAUCACAGCACAGCCUACGAGGUGCAGCUCAGAGCCCACAACAAGGCAGGGCCAGGCCCCUUCAGCCCACCUGUGGUGAGCCGAACCCUGGCCUUUGAAACAGAUGUGCCGAGGAACUUCUCAGUCAAUCUGGCCACUAAGACCAGCGUUCUUCUGACGUGGGAGUUCCCAGAGAGCAGCAACCCCUACCGCUUCACUGUGGAGUACAACCGACUGAAGAUGGAGGUGGACGCUCGUCUGAGAAAGGCAGUCAUCCCGAACCUUCAGCCCGACACCAGCUACGACUUUAAGAUCACUGCCCCGGAGGGCAACAUGGGAGGCCUUCGCCACCGCAUCUCCGCCAAGACCUCCCCUCCAAUCACCAUCCGCCGCCCUGAGAUCGACCACGCCCGUGACACCGAGACCACAGUCACCAUCAUCCUGCCGUCUCUGGAAACUCGCAGCCCCGUCAAGAAUGUUUAUGUUGUUGUGGUUCCGCUGAGGAGAGCCCGCGGCGUCAUCAGACACCUCAAGAGCCCCGAUGAAAUGGACCUAGAGGAGCUGUUAAAAGACAUCAGUCAAAGGCAGAGGGAUUCUCGUCAGCAGAAGCAGGUGGACCUGCGCCGUGCUUACAUCACAGCCCGUUUCACACCUGCCACCCUGCCAGCCUUCUUCACCCUGGGGGACCAGCUGGACUACGGCGGCUUCGAGAACCGAGCUCUAGACCCAGGGCAGGAGUACGUGUUCUUCAUCCUGGCGGAGCUCAACUCCACAACCGGGAAAAUGUACGUGGCCAGUCCCUACACCGACCCGGUCAUCGCCCCAGAUUCAGACCCCCAGCCCCUCGAUGCAGGCGAUGGUCUGAUCUGGGUGGUCGGACCCGUCCUGGCCGUGGUCUUCAUCAUCUGCAUCGUCAUCGCAAUCCUGCUAUACAAAAACAAACCUGACAGCAAGCGCAAGGACUCCGAGCCUGGAACCAAGAGCCUUUUGAGCAACGCGGAGAUGAUGGCCCAUCACCCGACCGACCCCGUGGAGAUGAGACGCAUCAACUUCCAGACUCCCGGAAUGAUGAGCCAUCCUCCCAUCCCCAUCAGCGAGCUGGCUGAGCACAUCGAGCUGCUGAAAGCCAACGACAACCUGAGACUCUCCCAGGAGUACGAGUCCAUCGAUCCCAGUCAGCAGUUCACCUGGGAGUAUUCAAACCUGGAGGUCAACAAGCCCAAAAACCGCUACGCCAACGUCAUAGCGUACGACCACACCAGGGUCGUCCUCGCCCCAAUAGAAGGUAUCCUGGGGAGUGAUUACAUCAACGCCAACUACAUUGAUGGCUACAGGAAGCAGAAUGCUUACAUCGCUACCCAGGGGCCGCUGGCAGAGACGUUCGGCGACUUCUGGAGGAUGGUGUGGGAGCAGCGAGCCGCCUCCGUCGUCAUGAUGACGCGCCUGGAGGAGAAGUCACGGAUAAAGUGUGACCAGUACUGGCCAAGUCGCGGCACAGAGACCUACGGCAUGAUCCAGGUCAGCCUGCUGGACACAAUGGAGCUGGCUACCUUCUGUGUUCGCACCUUUUCCCUGCACAAGAGUGGCAACAGCGAGCGGAGAGAAGUGCGUCAGUUCCAGUUUACAGCCUGGCCGGAUCACGGCGUGCCGGAGUAUCCCACCCCCUUCCUCAACUUCCUCCGCAGGGUCAAAGCCUGCAACCCUCCGGACGCCGGACCGAUCAUCGCUCACUGCAGCGCCGGUGUCGGUCGCACCGGCUGUUUCAUCGUCAUCGACGCCAUGCUGGAGCGCAUUCGACACGAGCGCACCGUGGACAUCUACGGCCACGUGACGCUGAUGCGCUCGCAGAGGAACUACAUGGUGCAGACGGAGGACCAGUACAGCUUCAUCCACGAGGCCCUGCUGGAGGCCGUGGCCUGCGGGAACACUGAGGUGGCCGCCAGGAGUCUGUACUCGUACAUGCAGAAGCUGUCCAAGGUGGAGAGCGGGGAGCACGUCACCGGCAUGGAGCUGGAGUUUAAGCGUCUGGCUAAUACCAAAGCCCACACGUCCCGGUUUGUCACAGCCAACCUGCCUUGCAACAAAUUCAAGAACCGACUGGUGAACAUCAUGCCCUACGAAACCACCCGCGUCUGCCUCCAGCCAAUCAGAGGCCUGGAGGGCUCUGACUACAUCAACGCCAGCUACAUAGAUGGAUACAGGCAGCAGAGAGGCUACAUUGCCACCCAGGGUCCACUGGCAGAGACUACGGAGGACUUCUGGAGGAUGCUGUGGGAACACAACUCCACUAUAGUGGUCAUGCUCACCAAACUGAGAGAAAUGGGACGGGAGAAGUGUCACCAGUACUGGCCAGCUGAGCGCUCUGCCAGGUACCAGUACUUCGUGGUCGACCCCAUGGCUGAGUACAACAUGCCUCAGUACAUCCUCCGGGAGUUCAAAGUUACGGACGCCAGAGACGGCCAAUCACGGACAGUGCGUCAGUUCCAGUUCACUGAUUGGCCAGAGCAAGGUGUGCCCAAAUCUGGGGAGGGCUUCAUCGACUUCAUCGGCCAGGUGCACAAAACCAAGGAGCAGUUCGGCCAGGAUGGACCGAUCAGCGUUCACUGCAGUGCUGGCGUGGGGCGGACAGGUGUCUUCAUCACUCUGAGUAUUGUCCUGGAGAGGAUGCGUUACGAAGGAGCGGUGGACAUCUUCCAGACUGUCAAAAUGCUGCGCACACAGAGACCAGCCAUGGUGCAGACUGAGGACGAGUACCAGUUCUGCUACCAGGCGGCUCUCGAGUACCUGGGUAGCUUUGACCACUAUGCAACGUAAGUGAAGAGGCGACCAUCCAUCCAUCUUUCUGCUUCGAGGUCCACGAACAAAAAAAAUAAAAAAUAAACCGACAAGCGAAAAACAAGAGAAAGACGGCCAGAAACAACGAGAACAUUGAACCUUUUUUUUUUUUUUUUCCCUCAUUUUUUUUUUCCGGGAGCGAGACUCAAAGAUGAAUUCUACACCGACGACGACAAACAACAACAAAAGCGACAACAACAACAACAACAAGAACAAGAACAAGAAAUCUGUGUCCAACAGCAGCCACGCUCACCAGGAGGAGCUGGUGGGUGUGGAGACUGUCCAUGUGUAAUCCAUAUAACUUACCUCAGUGUUCCAGUGUGAAGGACGUAUAAUACAUGUGUGUUGUGGUCAGCUAUCUCCAAUAUGAACCAGUGAAAUACAAACGGCUUCUGAACAGGAAUUAUGAUACUAUAUGUGUAUAAAAAAAAAAAAACUAAAAAAAAGAAGAAAAAAAACCACAAAGAGCCUGGAUAUUUGCUGCACCCUAAAUGGGCUUUUUAUCCUCAACUUUGUAUCUAUUGGUUUGGUGUACUAAGGGAGUUACAAAGUGCAAAGGUGAACAUUUCUAUGUGUCCGUGAGUCUGAUUUGAAGGCGUCUCCUGCUGCCACAGGUAGUCCUGAUUCUAGUUUUAAAGCAGACGACUCACCACCACCACCACCACCACCACCACCACCACCACCGAGGACGGUUGGAGAAGCGCGUGGAUGCUCGUUUACCCGACGCACAGUGCCAAGAGAAACCAUACAGCGUGAACCGCGGCCUACGAGCGGAGCCAGCAUAACAUAGAGUCAGAACCAGAGACCCUUUUUAACGCACUGGCCGAGGAUCAGUUCACGCUCCCCGAUCGCGUCCUCCUCGCUGUGUAACAGCUGGCCUCUGAACAGUGAUUAAAAGCCCGUCGUAUCCUCGAAUGGGCUGAAAUUUGUAGUCCAGUGCAUUCUUCAGUCAACAAAGCUUGCUUGCUAUUUGCUGUGGUCCUUGUUCAUCCUCCAGCUCAGCUCCUCUUGAUGUCAGCCCCCAUUGUGUCAGUUCAGCAGUGGCUUAUAUUGAAAGAGACGCUAACGACAGGAUUCUUUCGCAGCUCUCAGCCCAUUUUCUGCCAUUUUUUUUCUUUUUUCUUUUUUGUGUGUGUGUAUUUUUACUGUACGUCUUUGCCUUACGCCAACUUACUUCUUGUGUUUUUUAACAUGCUGCUUAAUGUUCACGCGUCGUGUGCUAAACUUUUAUUGUCAUACAGUAUCUUUAAAAAAAAAAAAAAAAAAAAAAACUGAGGACGAAAGUUGCUCCCUGA